AUGGAGAAGGGUAACAAAGGCAAAGGCAAAAAUAAAAGCAAAGAUCAUGGUCCCAGAACUGACGAUAAAUUGUUUGAUGCAAUAAGUACUGCCAAAGAAACGCUAAUGAAAGCUUUAGAUGGAAAAGAAUGCACUGGAAUGGAUAUAAAUUUAGUCGAAGAAAUUAUUAGUUUAAAAGAGGAAAAUCGAGCUAUAAUAAAAGAACUUGAAAACCUUCGAGAAAAAGUUCAAAAUCUUCUUCAGUUGAUUCAGCGUUUAACGUUUAAUUGUACACCUCUUCUUAAACCGAGUCGUCGUGUUCUUAUCCUUGGUGAUGGAAAUUUUACGUUCAGUCUUGCAUUUUGUCAACUUCAUCAUGAUGUUCAAAUCGUCGCUAGUGCUUAUGAGACUGAGAAAGAAUACUUUAAACGUUAUCCAUUAGCGUUUAAUACUAUUUUAUCUCUUCUUAAUUAUUAUCCUCGUGUUACUGUACAUUUCGGCAUUGAUGCCUCUUGUCUUCCUGAAAUUUGGCGUAAAAAAUUUGGUGAUAUCAUUUGGAACUUUCCUCAUCACGGUGGAAAGUCCAAUAUGCGACUUAAUCGUGAACUUAUGCAACGAGUAUUGGCUAGUGUCUCUAAUAUAUUUCCUAUUGGCCGUUUUAGCAUAACAUUUGCCAAAAACCAAUCUGGUUUAGAUCAUGACUCAGUAUGUAAUAAACGAAUAUUCAAGGCUAACUGUUUGCCCAAACAUGUAAGCGAUAGCUGGCAGAUAGCAUAUCUUGCUGCCAAAUAUGAUUUUGAUAUUUUUAGCAUCAAUAAAUUUGAUCCAUCACAAUUUCCUGGUUAUAUUGCUUCGGGUUAUCGUAAUCGCGAUCGUUUUUUCCGUAACAACAUUAGAGCAGAGACAGUUACUUUAGUGCUUUCGCCGAAAAUCACAACUUUGUUUGGAAUGAAAAUUUAUGAAAAGAGCAUUAUAAAAUUUUCUAACAUAUAUCACGAAUUCAGACCAUUUUUUCAGCAUGAUCUUUCUAUUAUCUAUAGAGAUGUAGGUAACAUUCUUUAUUGGGAAGGUAAAUUUUAUGAUAUGAUUGCGUAUCUUUGCUCAUCACUUGUUCUUAGCAUUCGGGAAUUGAAAGAAUUAAGGUCGACUGCGCCAUCAGGUUUUCCAAAUCGUAUAUACAGAUUGGUUUGGCAAAGCUGGAAUAAAGCAAUGAGUAAAUCAUUAAGUAAUGCGUUACAAGAACAGUUAAGAAUAGCUAUUAUUGCAAGAAUCCAGAAAAAAUUUUAUAAAUUCGAUCUUACAUAG